AUGUCCAUUUCUGGGACCCUUAGCAGCUAUUAUGUCGACUCGAUCAUAAGUCACGAGAGCGAGGACGCGCCUCCAGCCAAGUUUCCUUCGGGCCAGUACACGAGCCCGCGGCAGCCGGGCCCCGGCGAGCACCUGGACUUCCCCUCGUGCAGCUUCCAGCCCAAGGCGCCCGUGUUCGGCGCCUCGUGGGCGCCGCUGAGCCCGCACGCGUCCGGCAGCCUGCCGUCCGUCUACCACCCCUACCUGCAGCCCCAGGGCGUCCCCGCGGCCGAGAGCAGGUACCUCCGCACCUGGCUGGAGCCCGCGCCGCGCGCCGAGGCGGCCCCGGGCCAGGGCCAGGGCCAGGGCCAGGGCCAGGGCCAGGCGGCCGUGAAGGCAGAGCCGCUGCUGGGCGCGCCUGGGGAGCUGCUCAAGGCGGGCCCGCCCGAGUACAGUUUGGAAACUUCGGCGGGCAGGGAGGCCGUGCUGUCGACUCCGCGGGCCGGCUACGGGGACAAUAAAAUUUGCGAAGGAAGCGAGGACAAAGAGAGGCCGGAUCAAACCAACCCCUCCGCCAACUGGCUGCACGCUCGCUCUUCCCGGAAAAAGCGCUGUCCCUACACCAAAUACCAGACGCUGGAGCUAGAGAAGGAAUUUCUGUUCAAUAUGUACCUCACCAGGGACCGUAGGCAUGAAGUGGCCAGACUCCUCAAUCUGAGUGAGAGACAAGUCAAAAUCUGGUUUCAGAACCGACGGAUGAAAAUGAAGAAAAUGAAUAAGGAGCAGGGCAAAGAGUAAAGCUCCCCCAGUGCCCUCACCCCUUCCCCGGCUCUUAUUUAUAAGUGGUGGCUGCAAAGCCAGUGCUAUCUGGGGUGCAGUCAAGUGAAUGGGGAAGGGGUCUUUCUCUGCACCCAGACUUUCUCUCCUUCCCUUCUCCCUCACCUGUUUCUCUCUUCUCCCCUGGCCUCAGGAUUAAGUUUUGUUGAGUUAGAAGGUAGAAGUAGUAAGUGUACUAACACUAACAUGAUGGACCACAAGGAAAAGAGAGGCCCUAGCCAAGCCCCUAACUUUUCUGGGGAGCCCCAGCCCUCACUUUCUGCUUGCCUGUUUCCUUCCCGCACCCAUCCCAAAAGUCACCCAGGGAUACUCCAGUUGCACCCAGCCCCACCUGCAUACACACAGCAAUAACAAGAAAUGUGCACAGCCCCUACUUCACUCAAAGGGAGUGACACCCCCAAUAUAGGCUGUCACACUCUAAGCCUGGGGUACAACCUGACAGAACAGUCAGAGACCAUUAGGCCAGCCAGGGUUCCAUCCCUGGUGCAAGUGCACACCAGGAAGAUGGCUAGUGAGGCCAUCCCUCCAGAAGAGGGUACUGAAUUGAAGCCCAGUGGGACCAUCUCCCAAGACCACCUCCAAGGAAUUCCCACCAGGCAGGUGGAGUCACCCCCUCACCCCACCCCCAGUUCCUCAAGCCAGGUGGACAGGGAAGGGCUGGGACAGAGUGGGGGUGGGGGCUGGCUUUGCCUCCAACACUCAGUGUUGCAGGAAGUGUUUAAUUCUGCAUGACGCUUCCCUCUCCUUCCAACAAAAGGUCACAUUGUGGGUCGGGGAACCUUGACCAGGUGGUCCUUCCGCUUCUCCCGGGCUCCCCCACUUGAUAGAGCUGGUAGCUGGUCCUGCUCUCUACUGCCCUGCCUUGCUCUUUCUUGACCGGCUCCGAGUUCAUUCUGGCGGCCACCUCCCUGAGCACCAGCCACUCCUGAUAGAAAAACCCCUUCAGCCUCCACCCCCUGCUAGCCUCAGUCCCACUGUAGGCAGGAAGGCCAGCUCAGGAGAGUCUGAUGGAGAAUUUAUUGGGAAUCAAUUCCUGAGCUCCCUUCUCCGAGGAAGUUGUGGGGCACAGAGAGGAGUGGCCCCAGCGCGCUGAGGAGCAGGGCCCUGUCCUCCUGCCCACCUCCGCUGGGACCCACGCAGAGGAGUCCCUGGCCUGGUGGCCACCGCCCCAGCACAAGACAGGAGCAGUCCCCAAUGCUGGCCUCUGCCUGGUGUGACUCCCGCCUGGAGGCCGCUUUGCCAGGCUGGCGAGCGCACUGCCUCGCCGGGGAACAGUCCUGCGUGCCAAGGAAAGGCAGAAAGGCACCUAAGCCACCAGGCUGGCUUCCUCUGCUCCCCAGGCACCCCUGUUCCCCCAUCCAGUCAGCCCCUCCAGUCUCGUGGACUCUCGCUCCUGCCCCUCCAGGCCUUUCUGUAGAACUCUGCGCUUUUGUCAGUGGCUGUCGUGAAAAUGUGCUUGUGUUUUUGUGAUUUCUUUGGGGGUGAUUGUCUCGCCUGUUUUGAG